CGAAACGUACAGACGUCUGUGAAAUUUUUAUACGCUGAAGCGAUUUACUUAAAACGGCGCAACGAUUUGUAAGAUUGUUUGUUUUUUUUUUUNUGAAUUGGCGGCCUGUUAAAUAAGAUAAGACAAAGAGGAAAAAAGUGCAAAAAAUUUUUGAACGAAAAAGUUGUUCAACUGUAUCGACGUGAAUUGGCGAUAUUAGUUCAGCUGCUUAUGCCGAAGUUGAAUUAAAAGAAGAGAAAAAAAAUUAACCGACAGUGUCAACACGGAUACUAGCAAAUAUCGCAUAAAUUCACGAUUUAAAAAUCCAUUUAACGAAAUGCUGAACGUUUAUAAUAAAUGCUUGGUGCUCUUACUGCUUCCAUUUAGUUUUGCUGUGUCGGCCAGCGCACAAGCGCCGCAAAGUAUUGAUGCAAAUAAGAUCGAUGUUACCAUUUUGUAUGAAUCGCUCUGUCCGGACAGCAUUAAUUUUAUGACCAAGCAGUUAGCGCCCGCCUACGAUAAACUCAAAGCUAACUUGAACAUAAACCUGGUGCCGUUUGGAAAAUCACGUUCCGUCAAUUAUGGCAGCGAAUUCUAUUGUCAACAUGGACCGGCAGAAUGCUCCGGAAACCGUUUGCAAUCUUGCGUUUUAAAUCAGCAAAGCACACAGGAUCAGCGCGUUCGAUUUGCCAUUUGUCAGAUGGCCACAAGAGAUAAGCAAAGUGUGGAGGAAUGCGCCAAUUUGGUUGAUCUCAGCAGCGAUGUUGGCAAUUGCGUCAACACAAAAUUGGGUACACAGCUACAGCUGUUGGCAGAGCAGGUGACCAAUCAGUAUGCUCCCAAAUUUGUGCCGACAAUUGUUUACAAUGGUGAAUUCAAUCAAUUACUUCAGGAUGCAUCAUUUUACGAUUUCCACGCCACCGUCUGUAAGCUGUUGCAGAAGCGAGGCAUUGCCAAUGAGUCUUGUCAGUAAGUGAAGUGUCAUCAGUGUGCGCCGAAUUAUCACUAAGCAUGGCGUAUACUAUACAUACUUACAUAUGUACAUAUGUAUGUAUGUAGUUGCAAGGCGCUUAGAAAUUUGUAUUUUUGGAUUAAAUACACUGUGCGACAAUUUUAUGAUAAUUCAAACCAGCCAGAGUAAUAAAAGGCUCUAUGGAUUUGCAAAAGUUAGCCCUUAUUUUUAGGCCUAGGUAGUUUUCAAAAAAGUGCAAAAAAUGGCGAAAAUAAAUGUCUGAGCGAAAUUAAAGGUUAAGACUUACACAGCAAAAUUGCAUGGGAAAUAUUUUCUUAGAGCAUUUUAACCCAUCAGCUCCCGCCUGAAAGGGUCGAUUUGACCCUUACUUCAAGAAACUCGGUAAGCAAAUUCGGAAGUUCGUUAGAGGAUUGAUAUAUUCUAGAAAAUUAUUCUUCUGAAAAUUUUAGUCGGGGUCUUCUCAGGCAAAAGCUUCAUGCCAUCAACGUAAGUCUCUAAAAAUAUUAAAAUUAAAAAAAUCUACAAGCAAAUUAAAAAAAGCAACUUGUGUUUUUUUUUUUUAAUUUUUUAAAAUUGAGUUUGGCUGUUAUUCCU